AUGAGUCCUCGUCAUCUCUCAAAAGAGACUGCCUUGAGAUACCCGUGGAAACAACCCUGGAAUCCUAAUUUCUCAGCUCUUUCUGAUCCUACUAAUCCUAUUAAUCCAAAUGAAAAGACUGACAAUCAACAAAAUAUUACUGAGCAGACGCUGCAUGGAUCCGAAGUGCAACAAAUUGAGAGACGCUACAAACACUUUCCAGGCAACAAUGUCUUUUUCUUAGGAGGGAGAUUCCAAAUGUCUACACAAUUUAAAGCAUUUGCAAUAACUCUAUUUGCCUUGCUUCUCCCCGGCGUACUGUUUUUCAUUUUUAGCGCCUUUUGGUUAUGGCAUCAGGUGUCACCAGCUAUCCCUAUAACGUUUUCCUAUAUCUAUGCAUUAGUUAUGAUUUCAAUGCUGAAGUGUUCUACGUCUGACCCUGGAAUUCUUCCUCGAAACUCCAACAUUUUAAUAUAUGACCCUACCCACCCUUGGUCGGUGAUUCCAGAAGACAAGAGACUUCUGAUAGGAUCAACUCGCUCUGAUUCAGCUUUUUUAAUUACGACUGUCUACUGCCAUACGUGCCGUCUUUAUCGUCCACCUCGUGCUAGCCACUGUCAUCUGUGUGAUAAUUGUGUUGAAUACCUUGAUCACCAUUGUACAUGGCUUAAUAACUGCAUUGGAAGAAGAAACUAUCGAUACUUUUUCAUUUUCUUGCUUUCCUUGUUUUUUGAAGCUUUGUAUUUGACAGUCUUGGGGUUUUAUAUUGCAUUUGCUAGCUUUCGGUAUGGUUCUGACACUAAUUUUGCGAGACAUUUACAAAGGCCGUGGGCUGGUGUCUCUUUUUUUCUUGGAAUAUAUGCUGCAUUGGGUUCGAUUUUCCCAGGAAUCCUUCUGGGUUACCAGUGCUACUUGAUCGGCUGCGGCCAAAAUGUUCAUGAAUUUUUGCGUUCUAAAAAUACUGAAACCGAAGACGUUCGGCCUUACCAUAACAGCGUGUGGAUCAACUUUUUGACAGUUUUGUGUAGGCCUAAAAACGUUAGUUAUGUACGCCCUCGUCGUAAAGAAAUGGUAUAA